GACGUGCUCUGGCCUGGGGAUUUGACAAUGGGUGAGGGGUGGAAGAAGAUGGAACGUCGAGGCAGAUUCGGGAAUGGGUGGCACGUGAAGCAGAGCUGCGCGUCUGUGUGACCUCAUCAAGGCAGCAUAGCCCGCGCUACCGCGUCUCACCCCAUCCCUCAUACCUACCAUCUCAACCUACACGUCGAUCUUGCGCUUCUGUAUCGCAAACCCAUCUCGAGCGGCGACAAGUGAAAUCACCAUGGCCGGACCCAAAUACCAGAACGUGCCGCAGCGCGACUCGUUCGACGAGACUGCGCCCGCGCCCUCCUACUCGCAAGCGCCACCCAGCUACCAGGCCACGGAACCCCAGGAAGCGCUUCUGCAUGGAGUUCCGCGCAGCGAGGAUGACAACCUGCCAGACGACUUCAAGUUUGGUGGAGUAGUGGCAGAGGCGACGCUGGAUAUUCGAAUGGCGUUUAUUCGAAAGGUGUAUGCCAUCUUGACUGUCCAACUCCUCGCCACGGCCGCUGUAAGCUUCGUGUCCAUGACAUCGGUGACAUACAGAACCUGGAUUCAAACACACUCGUGGCCGUUGUGGGUGUCGAUGUUUGGCUCCUUCGCCUUCCUGGGACUUACCUAUUGGAAACGCAAAUCAUACCCCACGAACCUCAUGUUCCUCGCCGGUUUCACUGCCAUGGAGGCAUACAUGAUCUCGGUCAUUGUGUCGUUUACUGAGUCCAAGAUUGUGCUGCAGGCCGUGUUCUUUACGCUGGGCAUCUUUAUCGCACUAAGCCUGUUUGCAUGCCAGUCCAAGUACGACUUUACAAGCUGGGUGCCGUAUCUUUUUGGAGCACUGUGGGUAGUGGUGCUCUUUGGCUUCAUGUCGGCCUUUUUCCCGUACAACUCGACUGUGGACCUGGGCUAUGGCAUCAUCUGCGCGCUAAUCUUUUCGGGCUACAUCCUGGUCGACACGCAGUUGAUUAUGCGCCACUACCAUGUCGAGGAGGAAAUCGCUGCGGCUAUCUCGCUCUACCUCGACAUUAUCAACCUCUUCCUCGCGAUUCUAAGGAUUCUCAACUCGCAGAAUCAGAACUAGACUAGGCGUGGAAUGGUGAGGGGUGCAUGAUGGAGGGGGAUAUCAUGUUGGAAGGAGCGCUUGGGGCGCCAUGGAAAUCGUCUAGGUUGUCCAGACUGCGGGGUUGUUUGCAUGUUCUAGGCACAGUGUAUACACGUAGCUGGUGUAAUAUUGAUACAGUGAUUAGGCAAAGUGAUCUGGUUCCAGUGGGUAUAUGCAAGCAUGUAUGUACACAUUUGUGGUGAACGGCUACUCUACAGGCGGCACUGUCGUGCAUCGUGCG